GGGUAUACUGUCGAUUUGCUCUCUUCCCCAGACUUUCAUAUACGAGAUGUCCCAGUCGCUCGCUGACAACUUGGGUGCCGUCUUCAUUGGCGUCAUCUUUUCUUCCAUUCUUUUCGGCAUAACCAAUUUACAGACCUACAUCUAUUACUGUCGUUAUCCUAAGGAUUGGUACAUCCACAAAAUAUCUAUUGGCAUUCUAUGGGCGUUGGACGCUGUUCACCUCGCGCUGACUGUGGAUGCUGUCUAUCAGUAUCUUAUCAAUGGAUUUGGAAAUGUUCUUGCUCUCCUUGUCAUUGUGUGGUCAUUCAAGCUUCAAAUCGCGGUCAAUAUCGUAAUAAUCCUUUUUGUCCAAAGUCUAUAUGCGAUGCGAAUAUGGAAACUCGGAAGAGGGCAUCGGCAUACGUUGCUACCUUGCCUUGUGACCUUUGUGGUAGUCGCUGGUUAUGUUGUUGGCAUCCUUCUAGUGAUUGAAACCUUUCGGAUGACAACAUGGGCUGAGCUUGACACAAUAUCUUGGGCGAUCUAUGCCUCUUUUGCAACGUCGACGGGCGUCGACUUCGUUAUUGCUGCAGUCAUGUGCUACUAUCUCCACAAAAGUAAAUCAGGGUUCACAGGCUCCGAAAAUAUAAUUAACAGACUCAUGCAAUAUACACUAAGCUCGGGUCUGGUCACUAGCGCAUGCUCAAUGUCGGCGCUUAUUGCCUACGCGUUGAUGCCCACCAACUUGAUAUUUUUAGCCAUUGAAUUUUCUUUAACAAAAUUAUACAUCAAUUCUUUCCUCGCUAUGCUAAACGCUCGACAAAACAUCCGCGAGAGGGACCGUCUUUCGAUCAGUUUGUCUAAAUUGCGUUCAUCGAAUUAUCGCGGGGGCCUGUCGCUCCCUUCUGCCUCAACUUCAUUUGCCAGCCCAUCCACUCCUGUGGGAGGAACAUUCGAUCAAAGCAUAAAAAUACAAACUAUCCCAGAAUCUCCUAUGGAUUCGAAGGAUGAUUUUCCACAGCUUUCGCCUCAGGACGGAAAAACACAUUACCAGUGGUCUCAUAUCAACAACUUUCAGCCUCGAGCUGUGUAGGUCAGGGGUACAUUGCCUCACAAAGCUGGCUUUUUUUGGUGUAUCUGUUAUUUAUUGAGUAGCUGGAUUCCGUGUUAGCAUUGCAGUAUUGUAUCAGAACUUGUAUGUUGUAUAGAGCUGAGUCACGUAUCCUUAUUACUUAUUAUCAUACGAGCUUAUCGUUCUUCUCCGCGGAUGUCGCAAAAGCAGUGAUUCCCACAC